UCGCGACACCAGUUUCGUCCGGAGAGCUCGCCGGCGGGACAUGGCCUUGCAGCGGCCUUCGGCAUCGCCAUACCAGUUGAAGCCCCUUCGCUAGUUGGGCCUUCGGCUCGCCUCUCUGAAGCCCCUUCCCUGUUUCGUAGCCAACUUCCCUCAACGAGCUCGCCGGUGCGAAGUUGAAGGCUGCUCGCCGUCCCUCCUUCCCACUCGGACUUCCUCCUCUCUGUCACCAGUCUUCGGCUCAGACUCUACCUCUCUCUGCACCGGCUAUAAUGUAUACGAAGAUUGGUGCCUCGGUGGAAGUUUCAUGGGAGAAUCGACUUUACAAGGGCCGUUACAUUCUGCCAAGGCCUAUGCAGCAAGGGCGUUUCCCCACCUGUGUGUUCUUUAGCUUCACCAAGGGAGGGCAGCUGGUGAUACAUCGGUCAUUUGCCGACAAGUACCAGAACCCGAAGAUUCAGUGUGAUAUCUUGCUGGAUCCUGAAUCAGUGGCUCGAGAGUUCGUGGUCAUGAAUGGCGGCCAACGGUGGGACUGGAAUUUCCUCCGUAAGGACAAGGAUCGUCUGGAUAGGCCAGCUGCAGCAGCAUGUCUCAUGACUGAGGUAGGAGCAGAUGGCGAGAGUUCAAGAUGGGAAGGCAAAAGGAAAGUAGCAGUGGAUAAAUGCACUUAUCUCGGUCAUAAGCCAAGCUUCGAUGAGGUGAAGUGUUUGCUUGACACUGGCAAGGCCGUGAUGGCGGGAAUGAUCUGCGGCCCUGAUUUCGAUGGACUUGGACCUGAUGAGAUUUAUUCCUGCUCACCACAGUAUGUGUGGAGAAAUGGCAAAAGGCGCCUAGCUGAGGGUUUCGAGAAGCACAUGAUUCUUCUGAUUGGCCACGCCAAACAUGAUGAAUCGGGGUCUAUCUACACGCCCUUCCUCAACUCUCAUGGUUGUUCAUUUGGAGGGGGAGGAAUUGGCCGUGUGUUCUUUGAUGAUCUGAGGUGCUUUUAUGUGAUGGAUACCAAAUACCCUCCCAAGAUCAUUGACAAGGAAUCUUCUCCUUCCAAGCUGAGAUUGGGUCAUGAUGAACAGAAAAGGGAUGCUGGUUUGGCCAAAACAGAGGAUGGGAAGGGAAGCGGCAAAUACGUUGUACCUGCUAGGCGUCAGUAGAGUACACACUCAGGACUGGAUGCUAGACGCUCACAAUGAUCAAGCUGUACUCAACUGAUGAGUAGUCUUUUUUUGCAUGUGAAACUAAUGAGUUCAAGAUUUUGGUGUGAUUUUCGGAGUGGCUGGAAUAGUUCUUUGGCUCUUGAAUUAACACUGGCAUGAAAAAAUGAUUGUCAUUGUAAAUUCAAAUGGAUGGAUUGGUUUGUAAUCAGUUCAGAAUUUAUUAUUCCAAUCAAACUAUUGGUCUGACCAUUUUGCU